AUGUAUGUUGGGAUAAGUCGAGAAAGAGAGAGAGGUCGAAAGGAAGGAAUCUAUUUAGAAUCAAAAGAGAUGGAAGAAUCGCUCCAUCCCGGAUUCUGGGCUGCUGAGGUCGGCUCGAAACGCUUUCUUGAACAGCUGAAUGAGCGGAUCGCGCAUACGUCACCUGCAACGCAGCCGUUGUUAGUCCUGCUCCUGAUCUUCGUCAUCGUGAUCGGGACCGCAAAUAUCAUUAUCCUGAUCUGGCUCUUCCUGCUGAUCUUGUUCUGGGAGAGUGCGCAUAAGGUGCGGAGACCGAAGGGAUGGAGUAGAUUGCAGGGCCAGGUGAAGGAGGCGUGA